AUGGCCGACUCAGCCCGCAAUAUGGCUGUCGCCAAACCCGAUAGUGCAGCGAAGUUAAGACUCGCACAAGCCGAGGAAAUUUACGGGCGAGGCAAAGGUGUCAACGCAAAGAGUGCGCGGGAUAAGAAGCUGCGCGCGAAUCUGAAGAAACAAGAAUACAAGCACAAGGAAGCAAUCCUUCAAGCUAAGGAUGCCGAGAUCCUGCUUGAGCACACCGAAGGUUUCCUCGAGCCUGAAACCGAACUCGAAAAGACCUACAAAGUCCGCCAAGAUGAGAUUCAAGAAAGCGUCGGAAUCGAAACAGCAAAGAAGGGAUUCGAAUUGAAGCUCCCUGAUAUGGGCCCCUACCGUAUGGACUAUUCUCGGAACGGACGUGACCUGCUGUUGGCGGGACGGAAGGGACAUGUUGCAACAAUGGACUGGCGCGAGGGCAAGCUGGGCUGCGAGUUGCAGUUGAAUGAGACUGUGCGGGAUGCCCGCUGGCUGCACAACAACCAGUUUUUCGCUGUUGCGCAGAAGAAGCACACUUAUAUCUACGACCACCAGGGUGUUGAGCUGCAUUGUUUGAGCAAGCACCUUGAGCCUCUCUUCCUGGAGUUCCUGCCAUACCAUUUCCUGCUUGCUAGCGCUCAAAUGAGCGGCCACCUCAAAUACACCGAUACUUCAACCGGUCAGAUCGUCGCUGAGCUUCCAACCCGCUUAGGCAAGCCGACCGCUCUCGCCCAGAACCCGUGGAAUGCCAUCCUCCAUAUGGGCCACCAAAAUGGUACCGUCACACUGUGGUCUCCAAACUCUCAAACCCCACUCGUGAAGGCGCUUGUACACCAGGGCCCGGUCCGCUCAAUUGCAAUGGAUCGCCAGGGUCGUUACAUGGUCUCCACUGGUCAAGAUCAGAAGAUGAGCGUUUGGGAUAUCCGCAUGUACCGUGAAGUACACCAAUACUCCUGCUACCAGCCCGGCGCAUCCGUAGCGAUCAGUGACCGCGGCCUGACCGCGGUUGGCUGGGGAACGCAAAUGAGCGUGUGGCGCGGACUGUUCGAUGCUGCCUCCGCCGACGUAGGCAAAGUGCAAAGCCCCUACAUGGCCUGGGGAGGCGACGGAAAGCGCAUCGAGAAUGUGCGCUGGUGCCCAUACGAAGAUGUUCUGGGUGUUGGCCACGACCAAGGAUUUGCCAGCGUGCUCGUCCCCGGUGCCGGAGAGCCCAACUUCGACUCACUUGAAGCCAACCCUUACGAGAAUGUCCGACAGCGCCAGGAGCACGAGGUGCACUCGCUGCUCACCAAGUUGCAGCCGGAUAUGAUCUCGCUCGAUCCCAAUAUUAUUGGAAAACUCGACACGGUCAGCGACCAGAAGUAUCAGCAGCAGCGCAACCCGGACCAAAAGCCCGAGGAUCACAUGGAGAAGAUCAAGAACCGUGGUCGUGGCCGCAACAGUGCCUUGCGCAAGUAUCUGCGUAAGAAGGGUGGCAACAAUGUUAUUGACGAGAAGCGUCUCAAGGCUGAGACAUUGCGCAAGGAGCAUGCUGCUCGUCAUAAGGAGAAGCUCAAGCGGGAGCGUAACGAUCUGGGGCCGGCUUUGUCUCGGUUUGCCAAAUAG